GAAAACAAGCACUAUCUUUUACCAUCACUGCAGGGAAACUCCGUUGCCGGAUAAAAAUCGUUAAACAAAUACAAAAGAACUUUAAAUUGCUGUUGUGUUAACGGAUACGGUAUUAAUUUACAGAUCAACAUGGCAAAUGAAUAUCUCAUCUCAAAGUGGAAAAUGUGGUUUUCCUGGUUUGACCACAACGCAGACGGAAAAGUAUGUGCUGAAGAUUUAGAGAGAGCCAGAGAGAAGUAUGCAAAUCUCCACCAUUAUGAUGCAGAUAGGAAAAAGGCUGCUAUGGAUGCAUACUCUGCAUGGUGGAGCGAGUAUCUAAUGUUCGGAAAGUCUGAAAUCACUGAGGCUGAAUUUAUUGAGUGCCAGAAAAAGGCGUUUGAGGCCGACAGAACGCAGUUUGCUAAGCGAAUAAAAAAAGGCCAGGAAGCUGGAUAUAGUUUAAUGGACUUAGAUGGCGAUGGGAUGUGUACAGAGGAAGAUUGUAUGAUCAUGUUAAAGUCGGCUGAACAUAAUGACGAUGCUGUAAACCAAAGAUGGUUUGAUGCCCAUUCCGUUGAUGGUAAAGUUCCGGUAAAAACAUCCGUUGACAUGUGGACACAUUUCCUUACGUGCGAUGACGAGUCUAAACCAGAUAUGAUUGUGCAACUGUUUAAAUCUGGCUUUUGAUAUGUUUCAGAGCCCCUAUUGUAAAAUUAUAUUGUUUCUGUACUAUAAACAAGGGUUAUUUUUUUCUUAAUUUUGUUCACUUUAUCAAAAAGGUAUGAAGAGAUUGUAUUUGAAAUCUGCAUAUUAUAUAACUAUAAAUCUAAUGAUACGAUUUCUUUUUUUGAUCAGAUUCUGAAAUAGAGAGGCGUUUACACGUAGUCUUCAGAAACUAGAAUCAUUAUCUGACGUAGUCACUGGAAUAAUCAAAGCGUUUAAAGCACUUAUGGUGGCUUCAUUGUUACUUAUCAAUUAAAAAGAUACUGGAAAGAACAUUACAGCUGAGGACAUCUUAAUAUAAACUGGAAAAACAUUCAUCUUUCUUAGAAAACAUUUGCAUUUUCACUGUCUGUGAUUGUUUUCAUAUACACCCAUUUUGUCUGAAUAAAUGGUUUUGGUCUUAA